AAUACUAGCUCUAAAUAGAAUGUAUUAGAAUAUCACAUUACGCAUAUGUACAGAAAGGCAUCACUAUCACGCUGUCCAGCCAUUCAAGCAAAAAAAAAAAAAAAAACAAAAAAGAAAAAAAUGGUGAACAUAUUUGUAUGCCUAGUUAAUCCUUUGUUACAUGCAGCGAUGAACCUGUUGGGUCUAAAACGGCAGAAACUGGAAAUUGAGCAAGGAACAAUCAUGAACUUUUGGGUUUCAGCCAAAACCCUAGACAAACCCGUUCUUGUUCUGCUUCAUGGAUUUGCAGCAAAUGGUGUCGUAACGUGGAUGUUCCAGAUACCGGCCUUAACGAGGGAGUUCUCGGUCUUUGUACCGGACUUUCUCUUCUUCGGAGACUCUUUCUCGGAGAGCGGAAAACGGUCGCCUGAGUUUCAAGCUGAGUGCUUGGCGAAAGGCUUGAAGCUUUUGGGGGUGGAGAGGUGUGUAGUGGUGGCGUUUAGUUAUGGAGGGUUUGUAGGGUUCAAGUUGGCCGAGCUGUGGCCUGAGCUGGUCCGGCACUUGGUGGUGUCUGGCUCGGUCGUGGGCUUGACCCAGUCGUUAAGCAACGAGAGACUGCCGAGGAUAGGGUUUAAGUCCUGGUCCGAGCUUUUGGUGCCGAAAACUGUUGAGGAUUUGAAGAGGCUUUUCUUUGUUGUUACUCAGAAAAAGCUGUGGUUUCCGAGUUGGGCUUUUAGACAUUAUUUGGAGGUCAUGUUCAAUAACAGAAGGGAGAAAGUUGAACUUCUCGAGGCUUUAGUCAUAAAUGACGAGGACUACUUCAUUCCUAACUUUUCCCUGCAGAGUAUACAUUUUCUUGUGGGAGAGGAUGACAAAAUAUUCAACUUGAAAAUGGUCCAGGACGUGGUAUUGCAACUGGAGGAUAAAGCAACCCUACACGGUAUAAAAGAGGCUGGCCAUCUUGUUCACAUAGAGCGACCCUUUGUGUACAACAACAGCCUCAAGAAAAUUCUCUUGUCUUUGAAGCACGGGCACCAUGAUAUAGGAGACUCUUACUUAUGUUAGACUAAAUUGGGAUUCUGCUGGAUCCUUGAUGGCUUGUUAUAACUAUAAUAUUAUAUUAAAGAAAGCUUUA